CCGCCACGCGCCGUUCCUUCCGAGCUACGCCAGGUCGGUCGCCGUUGGAGUCCCCAGCCCCACCGCCGCCGCCGCCGCCUCCUGCUCCCCUAUCCCCCGCUGCCGCAGCAGCAUCGCGCCGGUCAGGCAGUGCCCGUGAUCAGACGCAGCUUGUUCGAUUCCCUUCUGGUUUCUCUCCUCCACCGCCACAAGCUGGAACGCCCCCUCUCACUCUCACUCCCACUCCCACCACUGACCAGUGACCAGUGACCAGUGACCACAAUCUCUUCCUCCCGUCACCGCCGCGGUCGGGGAUCGCGGCAACCCUAAACCCCUAAACCCUAGUACUAGCGAUGAGCUACCUAAGCCCGACCCAGACGCGCGCGCCGCUCGCGGCGGCCGUGGGCGCGGAGCUCGCGCGGCUCGAGGGGCGGCUGGGGCAGUGGGCCGACCCGGACGCGCGGCAGCGGCUCGCCGGGCUCGGCGAGUCGGCGGCGACGCGGGUGCUGCGGACGAUCGGCGAGUCCCGGACGCCCGUCAAGACGCUCUCCGGCUACAUCAGGCACUUGGCGGACAAGGAGGCAAUGCAGCGCAACGCGAGGGGCAUCCCUCCCGCCGAGAGCGCCGCCUGCAGCUCCGGCCCUUCACACGGAGAUGAAUCUGUAUCUGGGCCACUUCAAUGUAGCUAUGAUCAAUAUGAUGUUCAAAGUCCUUACCGAGAAGAAAUAACUUUGGGCCUCUCAAACAAUGCUGGGUGUGCCGACCAGCCAAGGCAUAUUGGUUCGCAGGAUAAUGAGGGUUCUGGCAGAGAAAUUGCUCAUGUGGUUCCAAACCUGUCUGCAAUUGCAGCUCAGACCCCAUCUGGUUGGGUGUCGUUACGGAAUCAGAACGACACUAAGAUUAAUAAUCCUAUCGGAGCAAUGGCUGCAUUGACUCUCGCUACACCGCUGGUUCAAGCCCUGCCCUGUAUGGCAGGUGAGAUCACAUCCACAAUAACACCUGCUAUGAUGCCGGUUCCAACUCUGCCCACUACGGUAGGUCAGAACGAAUUCGGAAAGACACCUGCUAUGAUGCCGGUUCCAACCCUGCCAUGGAUGGCAGGUGAGGACCCAGAAGCUUGGAUCCGGCUCUUGAAACGGGACUAUUCUCGUGACCCUGCGAUGACUCUUCCGGUGUGGAACCAGAUACCUGUGCAGAUUAGUAGUCCUGCCCGAGCAAUGGCUCCCAGUGUUAUGAUACAGGGAGAUACCCCAAAUACGAUACCAAACAAUAUUCAUACACCUCCAAGCAGUGUCUCCACACCAAUCCAUGCACGGGAUAUUUCACGACGAGUUCAGGGAACUGGUGUUCCCUCUGGAAGCCCACACAUCCCAGCAUGUGCAGGGGUGUCAAGUCCUACAAUUUAUUGUUCUACAUCAAAUGCAUCGAGGGAGAAGGCAAGUCCUCAAAUUGAAGCACUGGAUGGAAUGGAGUUCAGGAAGAUAUUUAUGAUUUUCGCGUACCUUUGUGGGAACAGGAUAGAAGAUGAACUAUCUGUGGACUAUAUUAGAUCCUUGAUGCGCCUUCCCCUGGUUGAUUUUGAGUCACAAAUCUGGAACGCAUUUGGUCACAAGUAUAUUGAUGUUUCAGGCAGAGCUAAGAACCUCGGUUCAGACCCAGGUACAGCAAAAGUCUACCAUUGUACUGUUGAGAUAAGAGGGGAUUCUGCAGUCAACAUUUUCAAGGGACCAUACACGGAGACUAGAAGGACUCAUCUGGCAAAAGUUGUUGGUGACGAUAAUGUCCUCGUAGUGAAGUUUAUGGGGAAAUCUUCAGAAAUCAUGACUGAUUUUGCACCUUACCAUAAGGUCGCUGAAGAUGGUAUUGUUCUGGGUUUGCGCCGAUACCAAUUUUUCGUUUACAAAGAUGGAGGAAAAGAAGAGAAAAUUAAAGAAGAAAGAAAAAAUGGGGGAAACGAGAAAUGCACUUCAGCUGUGAGAUGCUACUUUGUUCGCACUGAUUCAGGAUGGAAGAUGGAUGAACCUUAUAUACUCUCUGGCAAAACAAUCAGUCAGGCCCGCAAACUAUUCAUGCAUAUACAUAUGGCUCCCACCUUGGCGAAGUAUAUGGCCAGGUUUGCGUUAAUACUAUCCAAAACUAUCACAUUGGAGAUUGAUUUGUCAGCUGUUCAUGUUAUACAGCUAGAUGACAAACCUUGCAGCGGUGAACAUGGCCGCAUUGUUGUUCAAGAUGGGGAGCCUUUAAUUCAUACGGAUGGAACUGGCAUUAUAUCGGAAGACUUAGCUAUGAAAUGCUCCACAAGUAUCCCCGAGAAAAAUUAUUUGAAGUCGCAGGAUAUUGUGUCUAGUGAUGAAAUACCUAUGGUAUCUUCACGUACGAAGAGGUGUCGGUCUAUGGCGCCUCUUCUUACGCAGUUCCGUAUGUUCUAUAAAGGGGCAGCUGUUAAGGGAACUGUCCUUGUUGACAGAAGGCUUCCUCCUGCAACUAUUCUUGUACGUCCAUCAAUGAUAAAGAUAAAAUCUGAUCCAGAAUUAUGUGGUGUACAUUCCAUCAGCUCUUUGGAACUGAUGAAAAUGAAAACAGAUCCAAAAUUGAAUGGUGUCCAGUCCGUCAACUCUUUGGAAAUAGUUACAACAAGCAAUCAUCCCAAGAGGACAUCAACAUCAAGAUUCUUGAUUGCACUACUUUACUAUGGAGGAGUUAAAGCAGAGUACUUUAUGGAGCUUCUACAUGAUGCAGUUGAAGGGGCUGCGAAUGCUCGCUAUAAUUACGAUGACGCACUUAAACUUGCGUUUAUCUAUGCUGACAUGGAAGACUCCAUGUCGGCACGAAUGAUUCUCUCUGGAGUCCCAUUAGAAGAUGCAUAUUUGCAAUCUAGACUGGCUACCAUGUCUCAACUGGAAAGGAAAGGAUUCAAGGAAGGCAAACUACCAAUCGAUGAUUGCUUUUAUUUGAUGGGUACAACAGAUCCUACAGGGAAACUCAGACCUAAUGAAGUUUGUGUGAUACUUGAGAAUGGACAAUAUUCUGGAAAAGUGCUUGUCUAUAAACAUCCUGGGUUGCACUUCGGGGAUAUACAUGUCUUCACAUCAAGGUAUAUUGAGGGUAUAGGGGAUGCAGUGGGGAAUUCAAGAUAUGGUUUACUUUUUCCUACGACUGGGCCACGAUCUUCGGCCGAUGAGAUGGCCAAUAGCGACCAUGAUGGGGACAUGUUCUGGGUCUCGAUAAACGCACAGUUACUACAGCAGUUCAAGCCUUCUAACCCGUGGAUUCAAAAGAUUAAGCCAAAGAAGCCUAACCAAAGGUGUCCUCAGAGUCUUAAUGAGUUGGAACUCGAGAGAAAACUAUUUCAUGAUUUCCUGCAAGUAAGAUUUGCACGCAGUUCUGCACUUAGCACUGCGGCGGAUUGUUGGUUAGUAUAUAUGGACCGACUCAUAACAGAUGACCUUGAUGAAUACGAAAGGAAAGUGUUAGAGAAAAAGAUGGAGACGUUAGUUGAUCUUUAUUAUUUGGCUCUGGAUGCUCCAAAGACCGGAAUGAAGAUCAAUGUCCCUUCUGAGCUGAUAGCAAAAAAAUAUCCACACUUCAUGGAUCGCAAGCAACUCUACCAUUCCAAAUCCAUACUGGGAAGAAUCUAUGAUAAAGCAGUGAAAGUGCAAUCAGAUAAUGUUGGAUCAAUCGAAAUAUCGUUGGACCUGCGUUUCAAGGAGAGGGAUACAUCAAAAUGCAAGCCCUUCUGGACACGUCAUUACAAAGAGUACUGUAAAGACAGUGGACCACUCGCUGAAAUACAGGAUAAGGAAGAAGUGGACUUAAAGUUUAGUGAACUGUACACCAAGUACAAGCAUAUACUCUACCAUGCAGCUGAAUUUGAGCAAACCCCAAGGGAUCUGAAAGAUGUGUUUGAUGAGGCAUGCGCGAUUUAUCAAAUCGUCUAUGAGAGCGCAGUGGCUGCUAAAAAACCCGGGAAAUGCAGCUUUGCCUGGAAAGUCGCGGGGCACGCGCUAUGCCAUUUCUUAGCCCUCGAGACCGAGGGCGGCAAGGUGCUUGUGCCGCUGUCGGUCGCUAAGAAUCUUCUGAAGAAGGAUCGCAAGAAGUAGCAGCAAGGGGCUGUGAAUUUGACUACAUGCUGUAUAAAGUAGGUAGGUAUCUAUCGUGGCAGUAAUAUUAGGGUGUAUAUUUCAAGCUGAUGUAUUAACUGUAGGCUGUAUUUAUACCUGCUUGAAGGAGCUACGUGUUGUGCUCUCGAGGUGCAUGAUGAUGUGUCAUCAACGGUGUGUGUCGUGUCUAGGUACAUCUAUGUGUAAUAAGAUAUGACAUCCCAUUUCCCUGUUCGUCGGAUAUCCUCUGUAUUUCUGUUCAGAAAUGUAAUUUCAAUGUUGUCCGGUGUCA